AUGGCAGCCUUCGCGGUGGCCGGGGCCGCCCAGCCCUUCACCGCAUGCAGCGCUCCCGCGGCGCAGCCGGCGCAGGCCCUCCGCGCGGCCUCGCUGCGCGGGUCGCCCGCGCCGGCCGCCGAGGCGUCGCCGUGGCUGCUCGCCACCGCGGCGGCGGGCGCCGCGGCCGUGGGCGCCGCGGCGGCCGCGGCGCCUCGCCGCCGCGCGCGCGCCGCGCCGCUGGCCGGAGCAUCGCGGGCGCGCGUGACGCCCGUGGCGUCGCAGGGGCAGCAGCGCACUCUGCGGGGCGCGCGCGUGGUGGUCUGCGCGGGCGCCAAGCUCCCCGAGGGCCGCAAGCUGCGCGUGGCCGUCAUCGGCGGCGGCCCAGGCGGCGCUUCGUGCGCGGUGAAGCUCGCCGAGGGCGGCGUGGAGACGUACCUCAUCGAGCGCAAGUUGGACAACUGCAAGCCGUGCGGGGGCGCGAUCCCACUCUGCAUGGUGGAGGAGUUCAACCUGCCGCCGCAGCUCGUCGACAGGCGCGUGCGCAAGAUGACCAUGAUCUCGCCCUCCAACAGGGAGGUGCAGAUUGGCCAGACGCUCAAGGACGACGAGUACAUCGGCAUGGUGCGCCGCGAGGUGCUGGACAAGCACCUGCGCGACACCGCGGCCGAGAAGGGCGCCACGGUCAUCAACGGCCUCUUCAUGGGCAUGGACAUGCCGCAGAGCGACGGCGACCCGUACGUGCUGAGCUACAACGACCUCGGCGACCAGACGGGGGGCCGCGCGCAAGGGCGUCAAGAAGACGCUGGAGGUCGACGUUGUGAUCGGCGCAGACGGCGCUAA